ACUCUUUAAGACAAUACUGAUAUCUCUUCUCCAAAGGCAGAGACUCAAUUUGGAAAUAAAUAGCGCUCCAAUCGUGAUGCCUAUUCACUGCCCAGGAAUCUGAAAUUGGAGUCCCAGCUGUUCUGCUUCAGCCUUUCUUUCGCUGGAUUUCGAUGCAGCUUAUAGAGCCACGUAAAGCAUAAAAAAUGGGAGUAUAUGUCUGAAGAGGCUGGAGUAAUGUUGGUGGUUUAUGAUGAUCCCUCAGACCGACAAUCUUUCUCUUUGGAUGAUACCAGCAGCAGUGAGGAAUCACUUGAUGAAACUAGGCUCUCACUGGAGACUACAAACGAUGUGAUUCCAUAUAUUGGAAAAAGAUUUGCUACUCAUGAUGCAGCUUAUGAGUACUAUAGUGAAUUUGCAAAGCAAUGUGGAUUCUCAAUCCGGCGACACCGUACAGAGGGGAAAGAUGGGGUGGGCAAGGGACUUACAAGACGCUACUUUGUCUGCCACCGUGCUGGAAAUACUCCGAGUAAAACAUCCAAUGAAAGCAAGCCUCGAAGAAAUCGAAAGUCCUCCCGAUGUGGAUGUCAAGCAUACAUGCGGAUAAGCAAGACAACAGAAUUAGGAUCAUUGGAAUGGCGUGUGACUGGUUUCACGAACCACCAUAAUCAUGAACUCUUGGAGCCAAACCAAGUUCGUUUUCUUCCUGCAUACCGAACUAUAACCGAAUCUGAUAAGAGCCGGAUCCUUAUGUUUGCCAAGACAGGAAUUUCAGUACAGCAAAUGAUGAGGCUCAUGGAGCUUGAGAAGUGUGUCGAACCAGGUUAUUUACCCUUUACUGAAAAGGAUGUCAGAAAUUUACUCCAGUCAUUUAGGAAGUUAGAUCUGGAAGAGGAGAGCAUAGACUUAUUAAAAAUGUGCAGAAAUAUCAAGGAGAAGGAUAGAAACUUCAAAUUUGAGUACACAAUUGACUCAAAGAAUCGGUUAGAGAAUAUUGCAUGGUCAUAUGCAUCCUCAGUACAGUCGUAUGAGACAUUUGGAGAUGCAGUGGUGUUUGAUACUACUCAUCGCUUAACUGCAUUUGACAUGCCACUUGGGAUAUGGGUUGGAAUAAAUAAUUACGGUAUGCCUUGCUUCUUUGGCUGUGUGCUUCUACGAGAGGAAAGUGUCAGGUCAUUUUCAUGGGCGUUGAAGGCAUUCCUGGGGUUCAUGCAUGGGAAGGCACCACAGACCAUAUUAACUGAUCAAAAUUUAUUUCUGAAAGAAGCAAUCAGCGCAGAUAUGCCAACAACUAAACACGCACUAUGUGUAUGGAUGAUAGUUGCGAAGUUUCCAUCUUGGUUCAAUGCUGUUUUGGGUGAACGUUACAAUGAGUGGAAGAGUGAGUUUUAUGGCAUUUACAAUCUGGAGGCCAUAGAGGAUUUCGAACUAGGGUGGACGGACUUGGUAAAUUCUUUUGGGCUUCAGUCUAACAGGCACAUAGUCAACUUGUAUGAUCUGCGCUCACUUUGGGCACUACCGUUCUUGAGAAGCCAUUUCUUUGCAGGAAUGGCUACAAUUGGUCAAUCAAAGUCAAUUAAUGCAUUCAUCCAACGAUUUUUAAGUGCACAAAGUAGGCUGGCGCACUUCAUUGAACAAGUGGCUGUUGCUGUGGAUUUUAAAGAUCAAGCUGGAGAACAACAAACAAUGCAACAGAAUCUCCAAAAUAUAUGCCUGAAAACAGGAGCACCGAUGGAAUCCCAUGCUGCGUCUGUUCUUACUCCUUAUGCUUUCUCAAAGCUUCAAGAACAACUUGUUUUGGCUGCUCACUAUGCAUCUUUUCAGAUGGAUGAUGGUUUUCUUGUUCGGCAUCACACAAAAGGUGAUGGAGGCCGGAUAGUGUAUUGGGUUCCUCGGGAAGGCAUCAUAACUUGCAGUUGCCAUCAUUUUGAGUUCUCAGGGAUCCUUUGUCGGCAUGCACUUCGAGUUCUCUCUACGGGAAAUUGCUUUGAAAUCCCGGAUAGAUAUCUUCCUGUCCGUUGGCGUCGGAUCAGCACGCCUUCUGCAAAACUCCUUUAUAGUGUCCCAAGUGAUCAUGCAGAAAGAAUAGAACUGUUACAACGUAUAGUAUCGACUCUGGUAACAGAAUCUGCGAAGUCUAGGGAGAGGCUAGACAUAGCAACUGAGCAGGUCUCGAUCCUCUUAUCUCGGAUAAGAGAGCAGCCUGUUUCAUUGCAAAAUACAAGAGACCUGGCGCUGAAGAAUAGGAAUAUAUGAUGCAUACCUCCUCAAAAAGGCACUGUCUGAAUUUCUCACAUAAAAUGGAACUUAUCAGGAUUUGAAUGAAGUGGGGUGGGCAGGCUUGAAAACUACACUUGGCAUCACACUGUUAGGAGCUGGGACGUGGGAGGAAGUGUUGUAAGUUGGUUUGUAGCUUUUAUGGUAAAUGGUGUAAUAGCUAUACUGGAUGAAUGGCUACAAGUUUUGAGGAAGGACACUGGUGAGAUAGGCAUUGAAUAGAAGAAGUCUCUGCAAGCCUAAUGGCAAACUGAGGGGCACUAGUUUAGUGAAAACAAAUGGCCUUUUAACUCGCAAUAUUUAAUAUGAUGAAUUAUAGU